GGCUAAAUCCAUGCUCAUCGCGCAUGGUAAUGUCGCGUUCGAGUGCUAGUCGGAACAAGAAAMCUCGGACAUUUCCGACUUUCUAUCCGAACACAGCACGUGUAUAACUACAACCAGUUAGAAARUCGUACAUUUCCGAGUUUCCUAGUUCCUACUAGGAUAUGAACAAAUUAUCAAUGUCACGUGUCAGUUGAGCAUAGGCUGCAGCCUGCUUUCGUGUUUGUGUUCUUUCAACCAACUGUAUAGGUUUAUUUACAUCGAAGGAACGGCUGUGUGCGCAUAAGUUAAAAACCUCUAGUGGGGAUACUUAGAUCUGAUAAUGUUUCUGCUCGAUUCCGACUCACAGCUGGACUGUAUUAGUAACUUAUUCGAAGGCGGAGAUGCUGUCAACUCAAGCAAUGUGUUGGGACAGUCCCCUGCACACUUGGCGGCAUGCAGCGGACAAGCCUUUUGUUUGCUAUGGCUACUGCAAACGGGAGUUGAUGCCAAUCAGCAGGACAACAAUGGGGAGACGCCCAUGCACAAAGCCGCCAAGGCCGGCAGUUUGGAAUGCAUCAGCGUACUCGUUGCCAGUGAUGCCCAACUUGGACUUUGCAACAACGAGGGCAGAACCGCUGAAGAUUUGGCAUGUUCGUACGGAUUCGAGGAGUGCGGACGAUUCCUGAACACACUCCGAAUGACGCGACUCCUGACGAGCAGCAGCACUCCUCUGAUGCCUGCCGGGGCCGUAGCAUGCCCGCUGACUGGCGCCCAGAGCAGUAAGGUAGCAGGACAGAAGAGGGCACUCAUUGCCACCGGGGCCCAAGACAGAAAGAGGGCUCGAGACUGGUGAUUUUAACAAUGCACCUCUAGAAUUCGAAAAGGAGGACAACGCUUUCUCAGCCAAGUCCAAUACAGGACAUGCAUGACGAAGUCCCCACUACUGUGUCUGACACCAAACCCGUCUCUGUUCCUAACCACUUACUGGGGUGUGUCUGUGAGUCUCCUAUGUAUUUGUGUGCCAAUGAUUGGCAAGUAUAAUGUCAGUGGUUAACUUGGAUAGGAGCAGAAUGCAUCCUUCUCCUGCAGUGACAGAGGCAGACGUGUGUUGCGGAGAUGGUUCGGAAAACUACACUCAUGUGAUGAGUAACCUUGCUUUGAGAACUUAGGACUCUUGUUAGCUCCCGCUGCUAUUGCCUAGACUUUGGUUCAGAGGGCUAAACACUGGGAGAAUCUCAAUUGCUUACUCCCCGCUUUUUCAAUACCCAUUGGAGAAGGUCAGAGGGGAGGGACCUCCGGCUCUCUCAUCCAAUGGGUUUUGAGAAUGAGACGAUGAUGCGAGGUGUAUGCAAUUGAAAUCUUUCCACUGUCUUGAGGUGUGCACGUGCUCAGCAUAGGCUCCGGGCCUAGCCAUCACAAGUAAACAACCACCGUGUGCAUUUCAUGCUCAGAUGCAAUAUGGGACCUUCUGAUUCUGUGGACACCAGUUUCAGAUGUACAUAUCAACUUUACACAGUCCUUUGUUUACAGUGCAAAUCUUUUGAGGUACACUCCCCUAUGUAUUUAUUGACAGUGAAACUAUAUCUUUUAAUUUGGCUCUAUACUCCAGCAUUUUGGAUGCGAGAUCAUAUUUCUGACCGUACAGAAUGUCACCUUUUAUUUGAGGGUAUUUUCAUACUGUUUUACUGUUUAGAAAUUAAAGCAAUUUAAGCAUCUAGUCCCCCCAUUUUGAAGGUGUCAAUUUAAAAAUAUUUUUUUUACAAGAGUGACUCCAAUGACAAUGCAUUAUUUACCGUUAAUUUAUAUUGUGCACAAUAUACUGCAAAUGCAUCCAACAAGUCUGUAGUCACAUGCUUGAUGUAGUCAUUGUGUGUUAGGAAUAUGGGACCAAAAUCUAAACUUUUGACUACUAUAAUACACUAGAAGUGAAUUUGGCCAAAUACUUAUGACACCUUCAAAUGGGGGAACUAAAUACAUAAAGUGCUUUAAUUUCUAAACGGUAAAAUAGAUAUGUAUGAAAAUACCCUCAAAUAAAAAGUGACAUUCUGUACUAUCUCAAAUCCAAAAUGCUGAGAUUAUGUAGGGGAGUGUGUAUAGGUUUGACURAAUGAAAUAAAAAGCAGACACUUCUUCAUGAAUGAGACAAUGGUGGCAUGUUGAUGUAAAAACAGAAUACCGACUGUCAUUACAGUCACAGAUGAAAGCUGAAAUAAAAAGUCAUUCAUUUCUUCA